AGAGGCCGUCUCCCGAUUCCGUGAGGAGGAGGAGGGGGGAAAAACUGGGCCCUCCCACCUCAAAGUAGUGUUGGGUGAGGGGAGAACUCUGGCCAAAGUAUGGACAAAGCAAGCAGGAAGAAAGCAAAGAAGUAGGGUAUAAACAAGGCCACUCGCGUGAGAGAUGGAGCAGCAGCCAGAGAGGAUGAAAACCUUGGCUUUCCUGGCCGACUUGGGCAAACCUACUCUUCGGGGCAUCAAGAAGUGCCCCAAGUGUGGCACCAUCAAUGGCACUCGUGGACUGAGCUGCAAGAACAAAAGCUGCGGUGCUGUCUUCAGAGAUGGUGUGCGGAAGCAGCAACCCAGCAUUGAUGCCGUUCGCAUAGUCACCGGAUCUGCUUCGCAGGUUUACUCAGUGAGGCUUCGGGACCGAGGACCUGAUUACCGGGGCUUUGUGGAACUUGGCACGACGGAAGCAAUUCAGACGGUCGACGGAACCAUUAUCACGCACGUGACCGGCCGCUGCCUAGUGCCCACCUGCUUCAAAGCCUCCUCGCAGGAGGUCUCUGAGAAUCAGUGCCAGCACAUUAAGCUCGCCAUGGAGUGCCAUGUGGAAGCCACUCCGCACACUCUGAAGAGCUCCGUGCUGAACUCUCUCCAGGUGGCUGCUGAGACCAAGCAGGCCAUCUGGAGCCUGGCGACUGAAUCGAGCGGACCCCUGGUGCAGAGAAUCACCAGGAGCAUCAUGGUGGUGAAGUGCAAAGCCAGCCCCAAGCACACUUUGGGCUUCCUGCACGUUUCAUUCCAUGAGAAGGCUCGGAUGAAAGGCGUGACAGAGCGCAAGUUCUACUGCUCCUGCCAGGCUUUCAAAGCCAGCAAAUCGAGCACCAACAAAGAGGAGCCACCGAAACGAUGCAUUCACUUCUAUGCAUGUGUCUGUGCCUUUGUCAGCGAUGAGAAGCUGGGGAAAGAAUUUUCCUACUUCAUCAACUUUGAUUCUGUCAGUAGGUGCCGAAGUUCCGGGCUUCAGGCAAGUUCUGAGACACAGUUGCUGGCACUUUACCCCCAGGAGCACACCUCCCAAGCUGCAUCAAGUGCAGUUUCGAAAGCAAAGAAGAAGAAAAAAGAAGACGUAGCUGUGAGUCAACCCAUCGAUGAAUCCCAGGUGACACUGACAUUUCAAGAUUGGCUCGCUAGUGUCACGGAGCGCAUCAAUCAAACAAUGCAUUACCAGUUCGACGGGAAGCCUGAACCACUGGUGUUCCAUGUUCCUCAGAUGUUUUUCGAUGCCCUGCAGCAGAGGAUUUCGAUGGGAAGCAAAAAGAAACGCCUUCCCAACUCCACCACAGGAUUCGUUCGGAAGGAUGCAUUGCCUCUGGGGACAUUCUCCAAAUACACUUGGCAGAUCACAAACAUUCUUCAGGUCAAGCAGAUAUUUGAUACCCCAGAGAUGCCCCUGGAGGUCACUCGGAGUUUUGUUGAAAACCGCGAUGGCACCUACGAGCUGUUUAAGUGUCCAAAGGUGCAGGUAGAGAGCAUUGCCGAGGCCUAUGGCCGAGUGGAGAAACAGCCAAGCAUUCGACCACUGGAACUCAAGACUUUCCUGAGAGUUGGCAACAUGUCGCCUGAGCAGAAGGAACCCACUCCAUUUAUCAUUGAAUGGAUCCCAGAUAUUCUGCCCAAAUUGAAGAUCGGGGAAAUGAGAAUUAAGCUGGAGUAUGGUCAUCACCGGAAUGGACACGUUGAGUACAGAGAACAGCAGCCAUCUCCAGAACAAAGCCUCGAGCUUAGCCCUUCCCUCGCCACCAUUAAUAUCCACUGAAAUCAGGGAGUCGCUCGGCCAUUGCUGUCACCUCUUUUUUUUUGGGAGGUAGGUAAGAGAAAGAAAAUCCCAAACACCGGUCUAAGGGGACGCAAAAGGAACUUCGGAAUCGAGCUUGAAGUUUGAUGAAGAUCUCAAGUUGAAACUUGUGUGAGUUUGAAGGCUUGAUCGCCUCUGAAUGACCAGUGGAGGACCAGUUGUAUUUAAUGGCACUUAAUAUGUUUGACUCUGCAACUUGCAAUCCAAAGCACUCAUUUCUUUAGAUGUUGAAACUGCAUCGUAGUAAUUUAAAUCUCCUUGUUGUGAGCAUCAGCUCCGUUUUGGUUUCCUUCCUCUCCAGUGUAGGAAGUUGCUGAUAUAUCAUGCAAAUACUAAACAAAGCUCACCUACAAGAAGUCAAUUUGAACUGGGUGUUCUGCUUCUACCUGGGUUGAUUCCUUUCUGUUGUCGGGGAUAUUGGCUCAAGUUUGUGUUGCAGUAUGUCUCAAAAAACAAAAGUCAGAGAUGUGCUGUGAUAUCUGCAGAAAUGCUGCACUUGUUUUCUCCAUGUCCUGAGAGUCUGUCAGCACUGGAGACACUUGUGUUGGACACUCUCAGUACGAGCAAUCACCUGACACCUUCCGUUUGGCAUCUUGGAAAGUAUCAUUGGCAGCAGAUAAGGGCCCAUUCAAAAUGCACAAGCUGUGGAGAACAGUCAAAAUGCACAUUUUUAUCCUUGCAGAACACAUAACAGUGAUCACAAAAAAACUCUGAAAACGAAUUCAAAACAAUAAUAGUUUUUGACUUUUUUCAUGAUUCCAUACAAUGUGCCUGACCAACAGAUCUGAAUAACAAUCUGUACUUAUAGUAUAACACCUCAUCAUGCCACAACAUGCUUCACAACUUAUUAUUUUUCAAGUGCAGGAGACCAAAGCAACAAAGUCCCAGCAAUAGCAAUGGAGAUUUUUUUUUCUUUUUAAGUGAUGGAGUUGCUGAAAGUGAAACAUGGUACUGAGAUCACCUGCUGCUCUUUGAAUAGUGCAUUCUAUCAGACGCAUCUGGAGUCUUGGUUUCACAACUAAAGACAGCAAGUCUGAAUGUGCAGCAUUCCUCCAGUACUGCAUUGGAGUGUCCGCCCAGAUCGUCUGCUGAGGUCCUAUAAUGGACUUGAACCUCUAACGUUCUAACACAGAGCUGAGAAGAGAAAAAUACUCAUUCUUUUCUGUUGAAUAUUUUCCUCUCUCAGUUCUUCUCCACACCUGGGGAUCUGUAAGUUGCAUUUUUAGAGUACUUCUCAGGAUCUCCUUAAGACUUAUGUAGACAACGAGGUGUUUUUGAAGUUAGUCCUGGUUUUACCAUAUGGCAAUGCAGCAACCAGUUUACCAUAGUGCUGUCCAGAAACCGCAGUGAGAACUGAAGAGCAGUGAUAUCAGACAUGAAACAUUAACCAUUUUUUUCCUUCCGCAGAUGCUGCCAGACCUUCUGAGUUUCUCCUGCACUGUCUGUUAUUAUUCCUCUAGAAUAAAUCCUGUCUGUAGCAGCAGUUUUCACUUUGGUGAAUGAUUGUGUCUAUGUGCAUCCUCCGUACCAUUUGAGUAUCAAAUACUGUUGGCCCAAAUUGGCACUUCAGAAGUACCAGUCACUGACCUCUGUGAACGAGAGAGGAACAACUAUCAAUAUUCUGGAGGCAGCAACCAGACCUGUGACAUCAUGAGUCUCCAGACAGAGAGAGAGAGAGAGAGAGAGAAAGCAUCAAAGUGACCAUAAUUGGUUUCUGCAUUUCAUCAUGCACAUUGCAGCCACAGGGCAUUGCUCGAUAUUGAAUCUCGGGACAGGGGCACUAAUCAAGUGACUGGCUCUGACUUGUGUGCAUGUUGAGUGUUCAGAGAUCUUUGCACUGCAUUCAUUCAAGUUCACUGCAAAUUACACCCAGUCAUGUCAGCUCGGUGCUGUUAUUUUUUUUACACUACCACCUAACUGCGGUAGUGCUUAUUUUUUUUCCCCAGCACCCAUGUUGUGUGUGUGCAGGUGUG